GCUGGGAUCAGCACUUGGGGCCACUUUCCCGCGUCCUCUGGACACCUCUCGUCUCCCACGCCGAUCCGCGAUCGCGGCCCUGGGCUGCUGCUGGCGCCCGCUCCCGGUUCCCGCCUGCACCGCGGGCUCCAGCGCUCUCUGCUCCUGUCAUGGAGCCCGGGCCGCUCAGCAGGCCCGCCGAGCCGGGGAUUUGCGUGAGCGGCUCGCCCGGAGCGGGCUCAGCGUUUCCAGCGUCCCUGCCGUCUGGCGUUGGGGCCGAGCCCGGGAGUCGCCCUGGAACCGUGGCCGCCGUGCUGCCGGCCGGGGGCUGCGGGGAGAGGAUGGGCGUCCGCACCCCGAAGCAGUUCUGCCGCGUGCUGGAGAGGCCGCUCAUCAGCUACACCCUGCAGGCCCUGGAGAGAGUUUGCUGGAUAAAGGACAUUGUUGUGGCCGUGACAGCGGAGAACAUGGAAGCAAUGAGGAGCAUCAUCCAGAGGUAUGGGCAUAAGCGCAUCUCCUUAGCCGAGGCCGGAGCCACACGCCACAGGUCAAUUUUUAAUGGCCUGAAAGCCCUGGCAGAAGACCAGCCAGACGUUGUGAUCAUCCACGAUGCCGUGAGACCUUUUGUCGAGGAAGACAUUCUCCUGAGAGUUGUCACAGCAGCUAAGGAACAUGGGGCAGCAGGAGCAAUUCGGCCUCUGGUGUCCACCGUCAUCAGUCCCUCUGCUGACGGCUGCCUGGAGCACUCACUGGACCGUGCCAAACACAGGGCCAGUGAGAUGCCACAGGCUUUCCUCUUUGAUGUGAUCUACAAAGCAUAUCAGCAGUGCAGUGACUAUGAUUUUGAAUUUGGAACAGAGUGCUUGCAGUUGGCCCUAAAAUACUCUCACACAAAAGCAAAACUUGUAGAAGGGCCCCCCGACCUCUGGAAGGUGACCUACAAACGGGAUCUGCACGCAGCCGAGUCAGUGAUUAAGGAGAAAAUUUCACAAGAGAUUUGUGUGGUUAUGAACACAAAAGAUGAAGAAUCUGCAGGACAUCUUCUCAAGGAAGUGCUAAAAAAGGAAUUAAAUUGUGUUAAUGUCACAUCCACAGUUCUGGAUCACACAGGCAGUGACGUUCAGAAGUUCCCCACAGACCAGUGCUAUAGCUUCAUCUGUGUGAAUUUUGCUGUCUUCAAGGUUGUGUCCCCUGAUUUUCAUGAGACCCAGAAAUUCUUGAGUACCCUUGAGGAGAGUGGCCUUUCUCUUUUGUAUCCUGUCGUUGUUGUUUUGGUGCACUGCUGUGACCUCACCUUAGCUCCACUUGCUCCAAAGAUGGAGAGCCUGAUGUGGAUUAGGAGUUUGGCGGAGGACAUGAAGAAGAGGAAUAUUUUAUUAAGUGGACUUCUCCUAAACUACUCAGAGCCGCACUGUGGCAUAAGGACACACCGUGCUCUUUCCUGGAAAUAGCUGCAUUUUUACAUCUACGUAUGAAGGACGAGCAGAAACUACAAGAGAGUUUCCAACAAGGUGCCUCCAUCAUAGCUGCCUUAGUUAAAGACAGAAGUCCUGCCCUCGCUGGUCAGCUCCUGCUGGCUUAAAGAGCACAGAUGACAGUCAUCUACAAGCUUCCAAAGACAGGUCCCUAGGCUCUCCUUCCUGUGCCUGGAAGAGAAUUCAGUUGUUUUCUUCAUCUUGUCACUACAUAGAGCUGACAGUUGCGGGAUGGAGAGGACUUAUUUUACUCUUUUUCCUGAAUUAGAUGUUCCCAGAUGACAGGAUGUGAUGCUUAGGUUGUAAAAAUGGAUUAGUGCUCAUGUCCAUGGAAUUAUGUGUGCCAAAUAUAAAUGACUUCUACCAUAAAAUAAAUGAAAAAUACUGCCUUUAUGUGAAGAACCUGUUUACUACUACAAAGAAGUUCAAUUGAAAUGUUAAGGUACUCUUUCCCUCACGGGAUGAGAAUUUAGACAGCUUAGCUAUUAUUUUAGAGCUAUGUUAAUUAGCAGACUGGUCACAUUAUAAUGGAGAUCAUGAAUAAUCUUCAGAAUUAUUCUUAAUUAUAAAAUUGCCUCCACAGUAUGUGAUAAUAUGCCUUUUUACCUUGUUUUGGAAUUCAUCACACCUUAUAAAAAAAAAAAGAAG